UAAUGGUUUAACAUUUAAAGCCGUUGGAUCGAUCUACCAGCUUGAGCCCCAAGUUUGAAGUAACGUGGAACGCAAACACGGAGCAAACUUCCUCAACUAUAAUUAUUUAUUUAUUAUUUUGUAGCCUCAAAAUUCAUGAAUUACUCUUCGAUUUUGGAUAAAGCCCGAUAAUUUGGUGGGGUUCUUUUUCAUAUGAUCGGCUGCCAAAAGACCAACCGAGUCACCAGCUGUUAACAGAGUUUCGAUCAAACUCGCCAGCAUCAUCUUGUUCUUCAGCCUCCUCGUCUUCUCCGCUCCCUUGCUUCGGAAUCGUUUCGUAAGGAAGGGAAGAAGGGAUGGCUAAGAGUUGCUUCAAGCAAGAGCAUGACCAUGAGAAGAGAAAAGCCGAAGCUGCCAGGAUCAGGGAGAAAUACCCAGAUAGAAUUCCGGUCAUUGUGGAGAAGGCAGAGAGAAGCGAAAUACCAAAUAUAGAUAAGAAAAACAGGUACCUUGUCCCAGCUGACUUGACUGUUGGACAGUUUGUUUAUGUUAUCCGAAAGAGGAUCAAGCUGAGUGCUGAGAAGGCGAUCUUUAUAUUCGUCGACAAUGUCCUGCCACCAACUGGUGCCAUCAUGUCUGCUAUAUAUGAAGAGAAGAAGGAUGAAGAUGGGUUUCUGUAUGUCACUUACAGCGGUGAGAACACGUUUGGGACGGAGAUUCAGCAGUAGAGCCAAGCCAAAUUGUUGCAGAGCUCCAUAAGUUUCCCUGUUUAUCUGUCUCAGCUCGGUUGUGGAGACACUUGUGCAUAGGGUAUAUAUCUCUCUCUCUCAUGUAUAGACACUUUCAAGAACUUCUCUUCUCUUUCUCUAAUUCAGUAUUUAUGUCGAAAACAUGACUUGGCCUCUCCCUGGUGUUUGGCAUAAUGAUUAUCAAGAUAGAACUGAAUCACUUUCUGCGUUUGUUUUAGUUACUUGAAAAGAAAGAAGAAACACUAUUAUUCCUUGUGUGCUGCUGAGUUUUCUUCCCAAAC